AGCGGAGGAGAAAGAGAGCGAGAGACGAAAAGAGGCAGAGGGUGCGAGCGAGAGGGAGAGGAGAGCGGAGGGUCGUGGGACGGACGGAGACGGGCGACCGCUCGCGGAAGGAGUGGGGUCGCUCACGGGGUGUGAGAGGAACCAGGAAAGGGGAAAGGGAUGCUGCGUGUGUUGGCAUGGACCAGUGCGUCAACGGCUGUUGCCUCACACGAACCGCCGAAAUUAUAGUUAGUGGCCCCGACGGGUGUUUCGAGGAGAGACUACGACCGCGACUACUACCAAAACACGCCAGCCUUCCGCCAGGAUUCCUUCGAUUCUUCGUUCCAACGCUUCGUUCCCCUUCGAAAGGAAAGGAGACGUAGCUCCUUCCGAAAUCAGCAUCGAUCCCGAUUCGAUGUUCGUUGCCCGCGAUCGAGGACUCCGGUCGGGAGUCCUUCGGUGGUGAAUCGGUUGUUCUUUUUUUUUUUUUUUUAUGGUGAAUCGAGUAAUAGCAGCAACAGCAGCAAUGGUAGUAGAGCGUGAACGAUGAUCGAGAAGAUCGAGGGACUUUUCUCGCGUCGCGGAGAUCGAAGAUUGGAUCGGCGUGAGAUUUCGGAGUUGAGCGGUGAAGCACAGUGUGUGGUCGUUCUCGAUAUAUAUAUGUAUAUAAGUCCGUCGGUUGCUACGUUUGGUGAGACGAUGGUCAGACGUGCGUGAGUGCGACUCGAGUUGCGGAGUGGAGCUCGUCCUCGUCGAUUGGUAAGGUCGAGGGAUCGCGCUUGGGUCGCGCGUCGAGGGGCGAAGGGCGACGACUCCUUCCUUCCUCCACAAAAGGAGGAAAAGAGGAAGGAAGAAGAGAAGAAGAGGAAGGAGAGGUCGAGUUGGAACAGUGUCGGUGGAAGAAAGAUAUGAGCCUGUGAUUUUUUACCCCUCUGAUUCGCGAAUCGCGUGGACGAAGGAUCGAAGCGGCCUAGUUAUGUCAAAUCUGGAAGGCUGAGCCGGGAAAAGGCGGGUGGAGGAAGGAGGGAAGGAAGGAAGGAAGGAAGGAAGGGGGAGAAUUGGGCGCGGGAAGAAAAUCGGUGGGAUGUCGGAGCAGUGAAGCGAAUGGAAGGAUGUAUCAUCCGGCGUUCUGACUGCCUAUGGAUAUAUUCGGCCGUUGCAACGGCGGCGGUGGCGGAAGCAGCACGGUAUCCGGAAGCGGCGCUGGCUCGGUGAGGGGGUCCGGCAACGAGUCCAGCUGUGGAACGGCGAGCGGUGCCAGCGAGAGCGGCGGGACAAGCGACAGGAUGCAGUUGACAGGAGCCUCGGCUCCUGGCGUCGCCGCCUCGCCCGAGUCCGGCGUUUCUCCUUUGACCGAUGCCUACACCAAGAUGACCAGCGACAUCCUCGCCGAGAGGACUCUCGGCGACUUCGUCAGCGAGCAUCCCGGAGAACUCGUGCGAACAGGCUCGCCGCACUUGGUGUGCACCGUUUUACCAGCCCAUUGGAGGUCCAACAAGACCCUCCCGGUCGCGUUCAAGGUGGUGGCUCUCGGCGAGGUCGGGGACGGCACGCUGGUCACCGUUCGUGCGGGCAACGACGAGAAUUGCUGCGCCGAGUUGAGGAACUCGACCGCCCUGAUGAAGAACCAGGUGGCCAAGUUCAACGAUCUGAGGUUCGUCGGGAGGAGCGGGAGAGGGAAGAGCUUCACGCUGACGAUUACCGUGUCCACGACCCCGCCGCAAGUCGCCACGUACACCAAGGCCAUUAAAGUAACCGUGGACGGGCCGCGAGAACCGCGAUCCAAGACCAGUGAGUAUCACUUGUUGUCUCUUUUAGGGCAGCAGCAGCAGUUCCACGCGUUCGCGUUCGCCUCGCAGAGGGGCGGCCCGUUUUUCGCCUCGCCGCUGGUGGAUCCUUUGCAACCGUUGCCGAAUCCCCUUCAGCCGCUACCGAACCCGCUCCAGCCGCGGGAUCCGCUCUCCUCCUUCAGGCACGCGAUGCCGGCCAACUGUCAAAACAUGUCCCAGUUCGGUCUUACUGCGAGCAAUUCAUGGGGAUACGGGAGCACGGCCGGCUACGCUGGUUACCUUCCCGGCCCUUUGUCGUCGUGCGCGGCACAAGCGUCGUUCCCACCCCCGCCACCGCCACCUCCGCCACCACCCCCGUCGUCCUCCUCGCUGGCGUCUUUCGCGGGCGCCGCGUCUAUGAACACGCCAACGGCGCCCGAUUCGACGGCGGGAUCCACCGUUACUUCCGGUACCGGUGCAGGAUCCACGGCACAGCAGGAUGCGUUCUCAGCGGUGUCAUCCCUGGUCCCAGACUCGACGACGACGGGCCAGUCCGACCCGCUCGACCCGUUGAGCAGCCUGAUGUCGGGUACGCCGAGUCAGAGGUACCAGGACUACGUGUCGCCCAGAUCCCUGUCCACGGAUUCGAGCACGACGGAGAGCCCCGUUCACGAGGAGCAAGGAUUCGGACAGAAUUACGGCAACUACUUCCCGACGCCCGGCGUCCUGCCCAGCAUCCUUUAUUCCCAGUUGUACGGGAACCAGUUCCAGAAUUCGGAGAGCCCCGAGCAGAGAGCGGUGGCGGACAGUUGCAGCGUGAGGCAGGAGGAAGUGAGACCGGACAACAACGUGUGGAGGCCUUAUUAAGAUCCAAGAGAAGAGAACUCUUGGUUUGUUGUGAGGUCGUGAGUUGGGAGAAUUUUUCGCGAAGGAAAAAAUCUCGGAUAUCUCGUACCUCGUGGACGAUCGAUAACGAUAUUUGGGGAUCACUUGGGGAGACGAGCGAACUGUGAUCGGCGGACUGUGGAAACGUGGGGACUCGAGAUGUGUUGUCGUUCGAACGAGCGAACGGGGAAAAGAAAAAAGAGGGAAAAAAGUAAAGGAAGAACUAGUUACUAGUGGGCAUUAAAAACAGAAAAAAAAAAGGAAAAAAAAAAGAAGAAACGCGUGUGCGCGUUCGAAGAACUCGUCACGCGAUCGGAUGAUGAUUUUGUUGUUUUUUUUUUUUCUUCGCUGAUUGUGUCUCGACGAUUGAAUCUCUGAAGAGGGAGAGCCGAGUUUGUAAUUAACCGAGUGUGCCGAUGUGUGGACGAGUGAACGUUGGCUUGCUUGCUUGUUGGCCCCCCCACGGUGAUGGUGACGAUGAUGAUGAUGUAUAUAGAGAAACACUGUACAUAGAUAGAGCAUUGUCGUUUCAUCGAGUCAUUCAUCACUGUCGUCGGACUGCGCGACGUGUGUGACGACUUGUGUCGACGGGUUGCGUCUCGGAGGAUGGCUGGUUGAGCCGAUUUCGUAGCCGAUAUCCCGCUGUGCGUCCCGCUUGUCGCUCCGGGGCGAGAAUAACGUGCCGCGAAUCUCGUUUCUUCUUUCCUUCUUUUUUUUUUCCAAAUUCUCAAUUUUCGAUUCUUUUUUUUCUUUCUUUCUUUCUUUCUUUUUUUUUCCUUCUUAAGUAGCGAGCGAUAAUAGGCGAUCAAAGUUCCAGAGAACGGAUAAAUUAAUGCGAGCGUCUCGAGAGGAGGUGAAGAUUUUUCGAGGAUCUCGACCAGUCGUCGAGCGCACCCGUCUUCUAACGUAACGUCUUCUUGUUUCUUUCGAUUACGACGUUUUUUUCGUGAUAGGGUUAACGCGAUUUUUUGAUCGAUUUUUGAAUGCGGGCUCGUGUGCAAUAUCGCCGAUCGCGAUUCUCGCGAGUUGUGAAACCGUGCGAACGAGAAUCGCGUAUCGGUCGAAUCGGGAGACGAAUGCAGGAGCGAAAUCGAAUCGACGAAGGAGGGAAAUCUUCUUCGUUCGCGAUUUCCGAGCCGAGAAAGAGGGAGAAAAAAAGGGAAAAAGUUGGUCGCUUUCGUAUCGAAAUUCUGGAAGUGAAGUGAAAAUAGAAAAGAAAAAAAAAAAGAAAAAAAGAAAAAAAAAGAAAAAAGAAAGAAAAAAAGGAAAAAAAUGAGAAAACUCGCGCCACAAUCUUCGAACGGAUAUUGCGUCGCGAUACUGAUCGAUCGAUUGAAAUCGUCGAUGACGAUUUAUUCGUUUUUUUCUUCGAACUAACGACGUCUACAUUCUGCCCCUUCCACUCGAAAGAACGAUGAUUUCAGAUAUACAUAUCUACCGACCUAUUGUUAUCGUAGUUUUUGACCGAGUCGAAAUAAAAAUGUAUUUCAAAAUAUGA